AUGUUGCUGUCCUGUCUCGUGGUUUCAUCUCUCAUUAGCAUAGCGACAUCCGCUGGAAACGAAUACCUACCUCCUAGUAAGGGCUACAACUAUGAAAAACCACCUAUCCCAUUCCCCAGUCCAAAGCCUCAACCGGCAGUGACGCCAAGGCCUCAGCCACAUCACUCAUACUUACCCCCCGUUACCAGUUCACCUACAAUCGGGCCGCAGCCAGGACCAAGACCCACACCGGGACCUAGACCGAAACCAAGCCCGAGACCGCAGCCUACGCCCCACGAUGUCGAUCAUCAUCAUCACCACGAACACCACGAGCACCACGAAGGUGAACACGAUCAUCACCACCAUCACGAACCUGGCAUGCCCUUCGACUUCGCGUACGCUGUGAACGAAGACGGUAACGACUACAGUCACAACGCGAUAUCAGAUGGUGACAUUACAAGAGGAGAAUACAGAGUCGCCCUUCCUGACGGGCGUGUACAGAUUGUAAAAUACACUGCCGACUGGAAAAAUGGUUUCAACGCCGAUGUAUCGUAUGAGGGCGAAGCACGGUAUCCCGAACCUAGCAUCAACUCUAUAGGGUCUCCUAGCCAAGGUGGUCAAGCAUAUGUACCACCCAGCCAAGGAGGUGGUUACAAAUACUAA